CUUCCAUGUCACCAAUAUUAAUUUCUUGAUGAAAUCCGUACUUCUGCGCGGAACAGAGAUGGGGUGGUUGCAGAGGUGAAGUACACAACAUAGGCAACUGCUGGCAUCGAAUCAUGGAAUGAUAGAAUGAGAAAAGAUCCUAUCACAACGACACAUGAAUAUUCUGUCAGGUAUAAUGCUCGAAGGCAGAAAACGACGGAGGACGUCGUGGCUAAAAACGGCAAGGUGCCAUGGCAACCAUAGCAACGACAUGACAUCCAAACAGGCACAAAUGCAAACGUCUCUUUACUACCAUUUACCACCAUUCCACGGAUAUCGCCCAUCGAGGGUAACGACCCGGACGACAAAGGCCCAGGAGACCUAUAUAACGAACAUCGGAGACCAGCAGUGUGUUCAGCACCAAGCCAUCUCUCGCGCAGUUACGUCGGGGAUCACAUCUCGCCAUGGCAUCUGCAGUUCUUCCGGAACCAAAAGGCGAGCGCCCAGUAUCACUGUCUGUUGACGGUCACCCGUCCUCGUCGCCAUUUCCAUCGCCAGGCUCACCGUUUCUACCUCCUCCAAUGCCUAGCGUCCAUGAAUUCGCCAUCCCAAGCCCAAAAAACAAGCCAAAAUCUCAGGAAAGACAUACUGUUCCAUCAGAUACCCAGCCAGCCUCGCCAGUCCGUGUCUUUUCCCCAAUAACGCCGACACCUCCGCCGGCACCUGAGCCGUCGGUAACGACACCAACGACGCCCAUGCCGGUUAUACCACCAAAAGCGAGCCGAAAUUCUGUAUCUUCACUUGCAUCCAACCGACCUGCUCCUCCCUCACCGGCGAUGUCACGCCGUGCCUCAGGUGCACCCUCGUCAAGUGGCAUUUCAUUAUCCCGGGCUAACUCCACACGGACGCAGUCUAUCGCGUUGUCUGUGACUUCUGUGACCUCGACGUCAAAGAAGCGCGUCGUUGCAGAGAUCCGUAUACGUGACUUUGGGUAUCCUGCGACGGAUGAGCGGCACCGGGGGUUAGGGCCAGACGUACCCAAGCCUAAUCGACCGGCUGUUAUCAAUCGACUAGAGGUGGACACCGACAAGGAGGAGGACAAAGACGAAGACGAGGAAGGGGACGAGAGCUGGUCGCGUUUCAGGUGGGGUAUCGGCCGGCUUAGCUGGAAUUUCGGUGCCAGUCAUCCUUCGUCGUCAUCGUCCUCAGCAGGUGGGUCUGGAGGCGAUGGGUUUCCGAGCAAAUCGGAUCUGGAACGGAAUUUCGUUGAGGCGGAUGAUGAUGACAACGAGGAUGAUGACGAGUUUUACGACGUCGAAGGAGAGGAGGACGGCGUAGAUGAGCCGCUGCUACCAGGUUUGUAUAAGGCGCUAUAUGCUUUUGAGCCAGAGGGAACGGCAGAGAUGGCACUGGAGGAGGACCAGAUCGUCAGGGUGGUAGGUCGCGGAGGGGGAGUAGGCUGGGCUGUUGUCGUGGUGGAUAAAGAGAAGAACAAGGGUACGCAACAACAGCAUGCCUUGGUUCCGGAGAGCUAUCUGGAGUUGGUCCAGUUAGACGAGAAUCGUUAACCGGCACCCUCGUUCGUGUUGUAGCGUGCAGGCGCGCGUGUACGUCUGUCUUCGCCAGGCUGCCUGUUUCAUUACCUGUUUUUCUUUUCGUUUUCUGUUGCAUUACUGAUUUCUUUUUUGUUUAAACAAACAUUACCGUGUAAAGCGUAGGUACCAUAUGGAUCUUGGGACAAUAGUAGCUUACAUUACUUUGCUUUAACAGAGCAACCUAAGUCGGAUAACGUACAGCUUUCUUCUAUUCUCUUCAACUAUCAUGGAACAGUGCACGGGGAUCAAACAUAUGAAUCUGAUAGGCAAAAUGUUCCAAUGAAUGGAGCGCUGUCUAUCUCGAGUAUGUUUCAGAAAGUGCC